CAGCGUAAACAUUUAUAAUCAGCAUUUUCAUAUUGGUAUUUUAGUUUGGCGCCACUAGCCGUUGCAUAGCUUUUUUUUCUUCUCUCAGGGCAUAAAAUCGUAGAGUGCGGGCUGCUGUGUGAUCUCGCGCGGUGUUACAAUAUUACAACGUCUUAUUGGCGAGAUAGUUUACAGAAAGAAGAAAAUGCCGUUGGAAAAUCUAGAAGAGGAAGGUCUCGAAAAGAACCCUAAUUUGGAGUUGGCACAAACAAAAUUUCUUUUGAGUUUACCAGAACACAAGAAUGAUGUUGCUCUUAAGACGAAACUAGUUGAUGCCAUCAAAGCCGAAAAUAUGGCACCAUUUUAUGAAGAAGUUUGUAGAGAUUUAAGUUGGCCAGUCGAUGAAGUAUUUUUAGCAACGAUGAAGACAAAAAAUGAAGAACAAUUACAAGAACUUGAUAGUACUAUCGAAGAUGCUGAAAAAAAUUUAGGCGAAAUGGAAGUUAGAGAAGCAAAUUUGAAAAAGUCUGAGCAUCUUUGUCGAAUAGGUGAUAAAGAAGGUGCAUUGGCUGCUUUCAAGAAAACAUAUGAUAAGACAGUAUCACUUGGUCAUAGACUGGACAUCGUUUUUCAUAAUAUUAGAAUUGGUCUUUUCUAUUUGGACCAUGAUCUUAUUACUAAAAAUAUUGAGAAAGCUGAAACAUUAAUAGAAGAAGGAGGGGAUUGGGAUAGGAGAAAUCGAUUAAAAGUAUAUCAAGGAACUUAUUGUAUAGCUGUUCGUGAUUUUAAAGAAGCUGCAAACUUUUUCCUUGAUACCAUCAGUACAUUUACAAGUUAUGAACUUAUGGAUUACAAUACUUUUGUUCGAUAUACCGUUUAUUUAAGUAUGAUUAGUUUACCUCGUAAUGAAUUACGUGAUAAAAUUAUCAAAGGUUCAGAAAUUUUAGAAACACUACACAGCAAUCCUGAUUGUAAAGAAUAUUUAUUUUCUUUAUAUAAUUGUCACUAUGCGGAUUUCUUUAAAAAUCUUGCACACGUUGAAGGUUUACUGCGCCGAGAUUUUCUUGUAUUUCCACAUUAUCGAUAUUAUGUUAGGGAAAUGCGUAUUCUAGCUUAUACUCAACUUCUUGAAUCAUAUAGGUCAUUGACUCUCCAAUAUAUGGCAGAAGCCUUUGGAGUCACAAUUGAAUAUAUCGAUCAGGAACUGUCACGUUUUAUUGCAGCAGGUCGUUUACAUUGUAAAGUUGACAGGGUAGGUGGAGUAGUGGAAACAAAUAGACCAGACAGUAAAAAUUGGCAGUAUCAGGCUAUGGUUAAGCAGGGUGAUUUACUGCUCAAUAGAGUGCAAAAAUUAUCACGUGUUAUCAAUAUUUAGAUGCAUGGAUCACUGAAAUUAAUUUGUCAUAUAUAUAUA